GGGGGCCGGGGCAAGCUGGCAGGCGGCUGACUCCGCCCCUGCGUGGCGCUGCAGGAUGGGCCGCAGUCGCUACCCCUGGCUCGGGCUGCUGUUGGCGGCGGCCGGCACCGGGUACUUCCUGUGCUGGUUCUCGGCAGCUUGGGGAAGUCAGAGCUCCGAGCCUGAGCGGCCCGCGGCCUGCACGCGCCCUCUGGCCGCGGCCCUGCAGCGGCACUCGCGCUUCCAGCAGCUCUUCAAUCUCUCCAGCCCGGUGCUGCUGUGGGGCGGCCUUCUCACCCCGGGGCUCUGGGCCGACCUGAGCCAGCUCCGAGGCCCCUACGGCUGGCGCAGAGUCUCUCUGCAAGCCAUCGCCUCCACCCUGCGCCUUCUGAAUGGCUCGGAGGGCGCGGAGCUGUGGGCUGCGUCCAAGAGGCCGCCCUGCGUUCGGUGUGCCGUGGUUGCCAACGGGGGCAUCCUGAAGGGCUCCCGCCAGGGCCGCCACAUCGACGCCCACGACUACGUCUUCAGAGUCAAUGGUGCUGUGAUCAGAGGCUUCGAGAAAGACGUGGGCACCAAGACCUCCUUCUACUGCUUCACGGUGAACACGAUGAAGAACUCCCUCAACAACUACUGGGACCAGGGCUUCCGCUCCGUGCCAAAAGGACGAGACGUGCGCUACCUCUUCAUCCCUGCGAGCAUCCGGGACUACGUGAUGCUGCGGUCGGCCAUUUUGGGUGUGCCUGUCCCCGAGGGUCGGGACAAAGGCGAUGUGCCUCAGGCCUAUUUUGGACCCGGUGCCGCCGCAGGUAAAUUCAAGCUACUACAUCCAAACUUCAUCCACUACCUGAUAGAGAGGUUUUUGAAUUCGAGCCGUAUUAACAGAGGCGCUAAAGACAUAUACAUCCCUAGUACUGGGGCCCUGGUCCUGCUGACGGCUUUGCAUACUUGUGACGAGGUUAGUGCCUAUGGAUUUAUCACAGAAAAUUACCGGGAAUUUUCUAACCACUAUUUUGACAAAAAAAAGGAGCCACUGAAGUUUUAUGCAAACCAUGAUCUGCAUCUUGAGGCCACUCUGUGGAAAGACUUGCACCAGGCUGGCAUCAUGCAGCUGUACCAGCGCUGACCCCGACCUCCAUGAGCCCUUCGCUUCUUGCAGAGCCUUGGCUCUCAUCCUCUCAGGGGCCAAAACUUUUUCUUUUUUUUAAACCACCUCCACUCUACCUUCCCCCUCUUCCCAAAGGGGGUAGGAAAGGUAGGUUCACAACUCUUAGCAAAGUGAUACAAUGGAUCUUGCAUCUGACUCUUCCAAGACAACCCCCCUCUGGAUCUUACAUGGUCAUUCCAACCUUAGCCAAGGAACAACAGACUGCUUUGCUUGAUUCGUUCUAAAAUGAACGAUACCAUUAAGAAGUAAGAUGUACCCACGAAGAUAACAUGUAUCCUGCCUAGCAGGGGCAGUCAUACCUCAGAGUUUAGCAUCCUGAAGCUAGCAUUUGGUAUUGUGAUAUUUUAGGAAUGUCAGUCCAGCCAUUCCAGACCUAUCACUUAACCAAGAUCAAGCAGCCGUACAGACAAAUGUGCACAGCCUAGCCCCAAAUCUCCCAUUGGCUAUGUCAAGAUUUCAAAUAACACUCCAAAUGAAACCUUCAGCAGUUUAAGGAUAAGCCUUAAGGAUAUUUCUGUAAGAUGUUAAUUCUCUGAGAGUGUGAUCAAUUUGCUUCUGCCUCGUGGGGAGUGGAGCCUUGUCUGAUAAAGUGGGAGCACCAAAAAAAAAAAAAAAAAAAGAAAAAAGAAAAGGCAAUGUAAUUUGAGGGUAAAUAAUGACA